AUGGUUCUUUGCCUUUUCCUUCCUGAAUGUAAAACCAUUUCCCCGGCCUCGUCUUGCCUAGCAGUUGGCCCGAGGACAACGGACGACUGUCCAGAAAAGGAUCAGUUGGUUCAUUCUGAUAAAGCCGAGAUACCAUUGAGAUUAGUAUGGGAUACUGUGACUACCAUUGAAAAGUGGCCACAUUUUAUUGCCACCGCUUGUGUCUUCUCUACGUGGAGUCCACUUACAACCUACACUCCCAGUAUUAUUAUGGAACUGGGCUUCACUCGAAUCCAAGCAAAUUCAUUGGCUGCAAUUGGGGGUUUUUCCACUCUCCCUGUCAUCUUGUUUUUUGCAUGGUUGAGUGACAAAACGAAGAAACGGGGCUUAACUGUUAUGAUUGCGAUCUCCGUAUACCUGAUCGGACUGAUCGUCUUGAGAACGAUGGAGUAUCGUGUCGGAAAAUGGGCCAGAUUUGGUUUAUGGACAAUGGUCAAUGGAUUGGCAGUUGGCUAUCAUCCAAUCCACAAUGCUUGGAUUCAAAUAAACUGCCGACGCCCUCAAGAGAGAAGCAUCAGUGUUGCUUGUAAUGUCAGCUACUGCCGGUCUUAUGGCAGGGACCCAGAUUUUCCGGGAUGA